AUGUUUUGGGUUGUGGGGGGGUUUGUGGUGUGGGGGGGGGGGGGGGGGGGGGGGGGGGGGGGGGUUGGUUUUUUUGGUGGGGGGGGGUGUUUAGGUUUUGUGGUGUUUUUUGAGGAUGUGGGGGUUGUUGGGUUGGGGGGUUUUUGGGGGGGGGGGUGGGGUUGUGGUUUUGGGUUUGGGGGGGGGGGGUUUUGUUUUAUUGUUGUUUUGGGGGGGGGGGUGGAUGGGGAUAGGGGGGUUGGGAAGGGGUGUUUGGGGGGGGUGGGUUUUGUGAGGUUGUGGUUGGGGGGUGGUGUUGUGUGGGGGUUUGUGGGUGUGUGUUUUAUUUGGGGGUUUUGGUUGUUAUGA